AUGUGUGGCCGCCCACCUGCCGGACCGUUGACCGGUCGACCGUUGACCGGUGCCCAGCGGGACAAGUCCUUGGCAGUGGUCUUUCUGCUGUUGGCAUGUAUCUCCCUGAUCCUGGAGAGACGCGGACGCGAUGGGGGCUUCGCCUUAAGUUAUACCCCGAAGCCCUUGAGCCGCCACAUGGCGGGGCUCCUCUGGUCGGCGGUGGCCAUCGUGGGGCGGCCCAUGGCCUCGGCGCUGCGGAAGGAACUGGCCACGCCACGGGCGGGCAAGGCGGUGUCCAAUGCGGAGCAGGCGUACAAAGUGGGCGAGAUGUCAUUGUGCGGGCUCUCAACUUUCUUCGUUAGAAACAACAACACUUUUGCACAGAGCUUGGACUCCAAAGAAGGAUUAGAUGGGCUGGUGGGCACUAUGGUGUUGCCGCUCUUCAGCGGGGGCUGGCCUUGUGCACCCUCGUUGCGAAAAGCUUCGGCGGUCGCAUGCAUCGCAGCCGGCAUGCUGGCACUGUCCAUGACGGACCAGGCCAGAGCUGGACAAAGAGGAUUGCCCAAAGGUGCUGGCUUCAUCAUACUGAAUUGCUUUCUGUAUUCGGCCACCUACCGCCUUGACGCUGCGGCUGUUGGAGUCUCCAGCAGCCUAUGUUUGUUCGCUUACUGCCGUUUGAUCAUGGCCGCCAUGUGCUUCUCAUCCACGCGGCUUUGGAAAAGAGGUAGGGAAGGCGAUUCCACUGGUCUCUGGGAGCCGAGAGCAUUGCUUUUGCUGAUCUUCGUGUGUGUGGUGGAUGCAGCCUACAUGCUCUCCAUGUACCAGGCGGUGUCGCUGAUCUCGCCGGUCUUGGUCUCGGCCGUGAAGCGCGGCGGUGGCAUCGUGGUCUCGGCGCUCUUCGGUGCAAUCUUCUUUAACGAGAAGCUGGAAGGGAGGAAACAGCUCCUUUUCGUCGUAGCUGUUGGCGUCAUGAUUCUUUGCGUGUGA